AUGGAGAAAUUUAAGGCUGCCAUGCUCCUGGGGAGUGUUGGUGAUGCUCUUGGCUACAGAAAUGUCUGUGAGGAGAAUAGUGCCUUGGGCAUGAAGAUCCGGGAGGAACUGCAAAGUUCUGGGGGCCUAGACCACCUCGUGCUGUCACCAGGAAAGUGGCCCGUGAGUGACAACACUGUCAUGCACAUCACGACCGCCGAGGCCCUCACUACAGACUACUGGUGCCUGGAUGACCUCUACCGGGAGAUGGUGAGGCGCUACGUCGACAUCAUCGAGAAGCUUCCAGAACGCCGGCCGGACCCAUCUACUAUCGAAGGCUGCUCUCAGCUGAAACCAGACAACUACCUGCUUGCCUGGCACACGCCCUUCAGUGAAAAGGGUUCAGGAUUCGGAGCUGCCACUAAAGCCAUGUGCAUUGGCAUGCGGUACUGGGACCCGAGGCGUCUGGAGACCCUCGUCGAGGUCAGCCUCGAGUGUGGCAGGAUGACCCACAACCACCCCACAGGCUUCCUCGGGUCUCUGUGCACCGCCCUGUUCUCAUCUUAUGCUGCACAAGGAAAGCCGCUCGUGCAGUGGGGCAGAGACAUGCUGCGGGUGCUCCCGCUAGCAGAGGAGCACUGCCGGAAAACCAUCCGGCACAUGGCAGAAUACCAGGAGCAUUGGUUUUACUUUGAAGCUAAAUGGCAGUUUUAUUUGGAGGAGAGAAAAAUCAGUGAAGACACAGAUGAUAAAGCCACCUUUCCCGACAAUUAUGAUGCUGAGGAGAGGGACAAGACCUACAGAAAGUGGAGCUCAGAGGGUCGAGGCGGGAGACGAGGCCAUGAUGCCCCCAUGAUUGCAUACGAUGCCCUCCUAGGAGCAGGUGACAGCUGGACAGAGCUGUGUCACCGGGCCAUGUUCCACGGAGGUGAGAGCGCGGCCACAGGCACCAUAGCUGGCUGCCUAUUUGGACUGCUGUACGGCCUGGACCCUGUCCCCAGAGGCCUAUACCAGGAGCUGGAGCACCGGGAGCAGCUGGAGGCCUUGGGCGCAGCCCUGCACCGCCUAUCCUCCGAGGAGAAGUAA